AUCACCUGAAAUCACCUGAAGACAGUGCCUAAUGGUCGGUUGUCCGGAAUAGUCACUUUCUUCGGUUGCAAUUGGAUUGCGUUAAAUGUCGCGUUCUAUGAUCAAAGCGAUUUCGAGCGUCUACUGAAAGUACGUGAAUGGACGGUAGAUGUGAAGUGCGAAAAUCGCUCUUGUGUGGUCUGUCUUUGUGGAUUAUAGGAAGAUUGAGAAGCUGGGGAAUAUCUUGUGUGAAAAGAUUUUCGUGGAUUUAUAAAAGGCAAUAUAUGUUUCGAUAAUUUUCCCACGUUUCUGGAUGUUUUGGAUGUGUUAAUUGUGGUGUAUGACGACAAGGUGUUCUUUCGUUUCGGAAGUGGUCGCGAGAACAUGGUUGACUGUGCAGAAUCUUAAGUGCCGCUGAUUGAUCAAUACUAAUCUAAAUAAAUUUCUGGGAAUAUAGCUAAUUUGGUUUGCGAGUGAAUACAAUGUGAAGUGGUCGUGUUUUCCAAGAGUGACAGUCACUAUUACCUUCAAAAUCAAAUCACACUCAUCUUCCCUUGAAAGAUUGUUCUAUACAAUUGGAUUAGAUAUCAAUUCAGAAUGGAUACCAAACUUGACUCCACUUCCAAACCAAUUCUGAGCCCAACACGUUCACUCGAUGAAGGUUUCGAAAGUGAUCCCGAUCGCAUAUCAACCGAUUCAGAACAGUUAACGUCAUCGUCCUCUGCAACAGCCACAGCAACAGUAGCGGCACCCCCAACAUCAGCCUCAACGCAAGCCACAGUCGCGGCAGCUUCUCCGGUAUCUUACGCCGCGGCGCCAGCCUUCGACUUAUUGCAACGCACUGAUCGUGAUGGUGUACAACAUACUCAAAUUACACCGCGUCGCGGUCAUCAGCAAAAACAGCACGACAGCCAACCAAAUGGGCCAGCAAGUAUAAUAUGCCUUCAAGGUAAUCUAGAAUCGGAUAUUCGACUAAAGGAUAAAAUGGUAUCAAUACCACGUGCCGGCAAUGGUCAGAAAUCGUCACCGUCCUUGCAGCGGCAUCAUCAGCAACCGGUCCAAGUAGAGCAGCGCAGUCAGCUGUAUCAGCAGCACCAACCGAGGAUAACGCAGCACUAUCAGCAGAAUCGGAGCGGACACAACCGAGGCUACCGGCGACUGAAGGCCAAAGCGCCCACUUCUCCGGCCAUAAACGGUUCUACAACACAACAUCCUUCCAUAACUGGUCCUUCGAAUUUGUCCAAUCUUACUUCACCACUUCCACCCCCUGGCGGGCUUAGCAACUUGCACAGUCUGAGCACAACAAUUCACCACCCUCCGCGGUCACAUUCUGUCGAUGCAAUCCGUCAUCGCGACCAUCUUCAUCACACCAACCCAACAAUCAACAACAAUAAUCCGUUACUAAUCCAUGAUUAUGGUGGAUUACGACCAUCGACAACAAUCAAUAGCGCGGCAUCAACUGAUACACCACAAACCUCCUCGUCGUCUGCAUCUAGUCCGUUAACAAAUAAAUAUUUGAAUUCUUCACGACAAAGCAAUUUAACGGCAGAAUUGAAGAAUAAUCGAUUGAUGGCAUCCACAAAUAGUCUGUACACAUUCUAUCCUGCCGAAGGUGAUCUUCAGGUAUGGCCGACACAGUAUGGAUACACGUACAAAUCAAGUAGGAAUUCAUCACAAUCACAUCAGGCGCCUGUUUGCUGGACACAAUCGAUUCCGCGACAAACAAGACGAUACAUAACGCCAUCAACUCAACAACAGUUGAGUGCGUCCUCAGCAACAGGUAAAAAUGGCUCCUCUUUGCUAUCAGCAGUGUCAUCAGCAUCGCCAACAUCAUCCACGUCCUCUUCAUCGAGUAGCGGUUUCUCCCAAAAAUUACGUGAAUUAGCGGCAUCAGCAGGUCUAAUGUCGUUGAAGCCACGCCAACCCCUCAAACCAGUCAUAAAGAAUCGAAGAUCACCCGGUCCAGAAUUCCCAAAAAAGGUCACAUUCAGUGCAUUUGCAACAGUACAAGUGGUCUAAAAUCAUCACACCCCGUCACACUGCAACACCCGAAAAGAACAUCCAAGAGAGAAGAGAAAGCUUCUGAUAAGAAUUGUUAAAAAUGAAUUAAAUAUUAGAGUUAAUUAAUUAUGUUUACAUAAAAAUUAAGGCGCUCAAAUUAAUAAGAUAUAAAAUGGCCAUAUAAAUAGUUAUAUUCGGACCAGCAGCGUUUAAGAUGCGUUUUUAGAUGCACUUAAUUGGUAAAAGCUUCUUUGAUUACUCCCAAUCAUUGUUAAUAGAUGUUGUAAGGACUGAAUAAAGAGUUCACGGGAAGAUUGUUUCAUCAGCAGUGCAUUAUCAAAAAAUUGGCUCGCAAAUAAAAACAGAUAAUCUGAAUUAUGAGAAAGUGUAAUAAAAGAUAAUAGCGAUCCUAUACCAAAUAUAAAAGACAUAGAAGAGUAGAUUCUAGAUUAAACCUCCCCCUCCAAAGCAAUAAUUGUAUGACUGACAUUUUACAGAUUUGUUGGUUUUUCUUUUCACUGCGUUUAAAAGAAAAAUUUCAAACUUCCACAACAUGAAUUGUUGUUAAUGAGGAAAGAACUGUAAAAAUUAUCGUAUCUAAUUAUUGCUAUCGAAUCCCCAAUUGUACAUUAUUAAAAAUUUGCUAAAUAAAAAUUUUUAAUAAAACAGA